UAUCAAAAUUACUUAAGAUUUUCUAAAAAAAUAAGUCAUCUAAACUAGAACAAAAUAAAUAACACAAUAAAAAAUACAAGUUGGUUGAAAAAUGUACCUCUGCAUCGACAGUAUCGCCGAUUUUAUAUCGCGCAGUGUAAAGGAACUCUAAAUUUUUAUUAAUUUGACCUUUUGUCAAUCACCAAUGACAUCAAUGUCAAGUAGUUGUCAAAAAAUAUAAAUAAACUUGAUCGCUUCAUGAAAUUAAUUUAUUUUCCUUAAAUUAAAAUAGUUAAAGUCACACAUAAACUAUUAAUUUGAUACAUAUUUUAAACAUGUUAAUGUAAAAGCCGAUCCCAGACAUAAUGAUUCGUCAAGGAAGUAUUGAUGAUAUAAAUACUCAACAAUUUUUAAAGAUUUCUAAUUAUGAAGACACAGUUCGUCAGCUGGAUAUAUACUAUGCCAUAGUAAAAAGGCAGUUAUUAAGAUUUCAAAGUCCUAUAACAGGAUUAUUUCCAGUUUUAUCAUCGGACCUCCACAUAGGCAGUGUGAGAGAUAGUAUAUACUGUGCAUCUGCCGUGUGGGGACUGUAUCAGGCAUACAGACGCAUUGAUGAUGACCGGGGUAAAUCUUAUGAACUGGGUCAGAGCACUGUGAAGUGUAUGCGUGGUAUCUUAGAGUGCUGGGUGAAGCAGUCGGCGCGAGUGGAGGCAUUUAAAACACGACAGAGCGCCGCCCACGCGCUACACGUCAAGUUCCAUCUCACCACAGGAGAGCCAGUGCUCACAGAUGAACAAUAUCAUCAUCUACAAAUAGAUGUUGUCUCUUUAUAUUUACUGUUCCUUGUACAAAUGAUCACAUCUGGACUACAAAUUAUUUACACCCAAGAUGAAGUGGCAUUUGUUCAAAAUCUAGUAUACUAUGUAGAAAGGGCAUACAGAACGCCAGAUUAUGGUAUGUGGGAAAGAGGAUCUAAAUAUAAUGAUGGAAAGCCAGAAAUUCAUGCCUCUUCAAUUGGUAUGGCAAAGGCAGCACUAGAAGCUAUCAAUGGAUGCAAUCUUUUUGGGGAUAAGGGAGCAUCAUGGAGUGUAGUUUAUGUAGAUAUUGACGCCCAUAAUCGCAACCGAAGUAUUUUUGAAACUAUGCUACCACGCGAGUCAAGUUCCAAGGGGGUCGACGCCGCUUUAUUGCCAACAGUAUCGUUCCCGGCUUUCGCAACACACGAAGAACAUUUAGUUCAGUUGACUAAAAACAAUAUCUUGCGACGUUUGCAAGGGAAGUGUGGAUUCAAGAGGUUUAGUCGUGAUGGGUAUAAAUGUGUGCUAGAAGAUCCCAAUAGGCGGUACUACCAUGAAGGGGAACUCAAAGAGUUUGAUGGAAUCGAGUCGGAGUGGCCCUUGUUCUACGUAAUGAUGAUUAUUGAUGGCGUGUUCCGCACCCUGCCUGAUCAAGUUGAAGAGUAUCAGAAACUAUUGAAAGCUAGGAUUUAUAUGGAUGAAUUUGGAGACCCAGUAAUUCCUUGGUACUAUUAUGUACCUCGAGAAGGCAUUGAAAAUGAACGGAGUGAACCGAAUUCAGUUCGGCGAUUACCUGCAAAUCAUCCGAGUGACGGUAACGACAAAGACACAGGUGGAUUGUUCCUGUGGGCGCAGUCAUUGUUCGUCUUGGCUCAGUUGUUGACUGGCGGACUGCUGCAUGUGAACGAGUUGGAUCCCAUCAGGAGAUACCUUCCUUCGUACAAUAGGCCGCGACGUGCCGGCAGAUACUCUGCCUUUCAGGCCAAGCCCGCGUUUGGCAUAGCAACUGAUCUAGUAGUCCAAGUGGUGUUGAUAGCAGAGUCUAUGCGUCUCCAGGCCAUGAUGGGGACUUAUGGCAUACAAACACAGACGCCACACGAAGUCGAACCCGUUCAGGUGUGCAGUUCGACGCAGCUGGUCCACGUGUACAGAGAACUCGGAAUAUGCCCCAAACUGAAGCUCUCUGGGCGGCCAAUAAGACCCGUGGGCUCCCUCGGUACCAGUAAGAUAUACAGGGUGUGCGGUAUGACGGUGCUAUGCUACCCACUCAUAUUUGAAGUGUCCGAGUUCUACCUCUACAGAGACAUGGCCUUGCUCAUUGACGACAUCAAGACUGAACUACAAUUUGUUGGCAAGUACUGGCGCCUGUCGGGUCGUCCGACAGUGUGUCUGUUGGUGCGCGAGGAACACAUGCGCGACCCUCACUUCAAGCACAUGCUCGACCUCUUCGCGAUGCUCAAGAAGGGACACUGCGACGGCGUUAAAGUACGACUUGGAAGGCUGCAGAACCUGAUCUCCAGCUCUUGUAUGGAACAUCUGGACUUCAUGAGCCAGGGCGAAUUUCCUUCCGAGAUGUUCACUCAGUUCCGUCAGUUGGAACACGAGUACAUUGGCUACCAGUCUCUGACAGACGUCCCCCGCACCCUCACGUACCGCGAGGAGAAUCUCUCGUACGACUCGUACAAACAUCGCUCCACACCCGACGUGGUCUCUGCGCUGAGGUCCAUCGACAAUAUCUUUGCUCAGUGCCAACUCUGGGGGAUACUCAUAGAAAGAGAGGGUCCUAUGUUUGAGGUAAACGGUACGAACGCGCUGGAGUCGCUGAAGAGUCUGUACCACAGCGCGGGCGUGCUGCGACACUGGCGCGCCGUCAGGUACUGCUCGUCUCUACUCAACCAUACUGUCGACUCCAUCAGCCCCUUCAUCACCACGGUGCUCGUCAAUGGCAAGCAGCUGACUGUGGGAGUGAUUGGUCAGAAGGAGACGGUAUUUGACAAGCCCAUGACUCCUGGCGAAAUACAGUCGGUGAUGUACUCCACUAUACAACCGUACGACGUCAUCGGCGCAGUAUUACAACAGGAAAUCGUGUUAUAUUGCGGACGGCUGAUAGGAACGAACCCGGACAUGUUUCGAGGUAUCCUGAAGAUCCGCGUGGGCUGGGUGUUGGAAGCUAUCCGUAUAUACUUGCAGCUGUUCCCCAACGAGAAGCGCGCAGACGGCACGCUGGAGAGCCUCUCGCCUUACAAGCUUCGCACGCUGCUACAACAAGUUCUCACUGUUUCCGACUGGGCAGAGGAGAGAGGUUUGACUCCACUACAAAGACGACAGCUGGAAGGAUGCUUGUGUCGUGUGCCAAAACAUUUCUACAUACAAGUUUGGGAUAUAUUGCUGCGGACACCGAAAGGCAUUAUUAUUCAGGGCCACUCGAUCCCCGCGGAGCCGACGCUGGUGAACAUGUCCCGGUCGGAGCUGUCGUUCGCGCUGCUGGUGGAGGAGGCGCUGGUCCGCGUGGAGGCGCCGGCGCGGCGCCAGCUGUGCGUGGAGCUGCUGUGCGUGCUGGCCACCAUCCUGCGCCGCAACCCCGAGCUGUACCUGCAGCACGCGCUGCACGUCGACCGCCUCGUCGACGACGCGCAGCUCACCUUCGCCAAGGAUAGCGGAGUGACGGACAGUAACGCGCUGAGCAGCGCGGCGCCGGGCGUGUCGGUGGGGUACCUGGCGCGCGCCGUCGUCAACAGCGUGCUGCAGGGCGCCGCGGCCGCGCAGCUCGAGCCCGCCGCGCAGCCGUCCUGUCUCGUGUCCUGACGCACUCGCCCUACACCUUACUGCCAACACUCCCACAAACAUUCAUUUCUCAAGGUUGACUUGUGUAUUCACACUUGAUCUUUUACUGGAGUAAGUCGACGCUGAAGACUCAACUUACGAACAUUUUAUAAUUAUCUCAAUUUUAUAUGUAUUGUGUGAUCGUUCUUGUCAGCCGGGCAAGACUAAUGUUAUUACAGCCAUUUAUCUUUUAUAUAGGUAUAUGUUAAUUGUUUUAUCGCGACUGAAAUUUAGUUAGUGCUCUCGUAGCACAAAGUUAAAAGAUAUAAUCUUUUCAUAAUGUAGUUGUUACUAUUCAAUUUUAUAUAAAAUUCAAUACUAAUAUAUUAGUUUAGGUACAGAAUCUGUUGUUAGUUAUUAUUUUAGGUAAGUGAAAUUGUUAUAUUAUUUUUAUGCAAGUAUUAAAAUACAUUAACGAAAGACAUGUGUAUGCAUUCCUCGUUGAACCGUGAUUUUGAACCUUGGCUUCGCUAGCAUCAGCUUGAUCUAAUUCGCGACGGCGUUAGAGGGCCGUAUAGUUUCAGUUGUUUUACAGUUUUGUAAAUCUGCCUAUAAAUUCUUGUAGCAUAUCAAAUACAGUCAUCAUGCGAAACUAAACGUUAAUUUAUAAACACAGGCAAGGAAUUUAUUUAUUUGCAAAAUACAUAGGUUUACAUUACGAAACAUAUAAAAGUACUUAUCAUUAUUUGAACAUAAUGAAAUUAUGAAAACUUAAUUUUACAUUGUAUGUAUAUGAACUAAUAUUUUAUUUUUAUAAGAAGUGUAUGUUUUUUCGACCUAUCCUUAGAUGUAGAGUCAUUCAUUGCAAAUAUGUUACGAAAUAAAUAUGAAUUCUGCAUUUCGGAAUAUAAAAUGUUGCCUACACAUAGUUACAUGCAUACAAAAGAAAUAUUGUUAAGAUGAACAGCAACUUUGAUUUGUUCAUCUAAAAUAUUUGUUGUAAAAAUAUAUUGUUUUGUGAAAGUCUGAUCAGGAUUUUAUAGAACAUAAAACAUUUUUUAUGGAAAUAAAGAUGUAAUAUAAACAAGUUUUCUUUGAUUUUUGUUUAUUAUAAAAUAAUAAGGUUCUCCCCUAACAAUCAGGGUAAAUAAAUAAAGGAAAUGAAAAAACGAUAGGUAGGUGCCCACAAUAUUAAAAAACAAGACAGUAAAUUCAUGUGUGUUUAAGAAAAAAA